AUGUCAUCCGAUCUUGGUCGCGGUGAACAGUCGUUUACCGGCGACCGGUCAACCCCACCGCCAGCUCGUAUCCCGCAGUUAUCAUCGGGGCUCCUCAACAUUGAUCCUCCUCGUGCCGAAAGAUCUUCUAUCCCAAUCACGCCUACCGUCGAUCUCCAGCACAUUCAACGUUGGCGUCAAGCUUGUCGUGCAACACACGGCGCUUGCUGCAACGACGACUACUCCAACGCCUUGGCAAAGAGCAUCGAUCAGCUCAUGCUGGUCGACGUGAUUAGUGGCUCGCUUACCAUUCUACCCACUUCGUCGCCAAUCAAGUAUGUCGCCCUUUCGUAUGUGUGGGGCAAUGCGCCGAUGUUCAAGACGACGACGAACAACAUCGAAACUCUGCUGCAGCGAGGAGCUUUGUACGAGCCAUCGAACAAUGCAGUGCUUCCUGACACAAUUCGGGAUGCCAUUCAUCUAGUCAAGGCUCUAGGCGAGAAGUACCUGUGGGUGGAUUGUCUAUCCGUUGUUCAAGAUGCCGGUUCAGAGAAGAUGGACAUUACGUUGCGGGCUAUGGCCCGUAUCUACGCAAGCGCAGAGUUCACGAUCGUUGCAGCGGGUGGCGAGGAUGCAGGACACGGUUUGAGGGGUAUUGGGGGUCCCUCGACGAACCGAACUCCUAAUCCCAGUUCGUUUUCCCGCCGAUGGGAUGCAUAUCCAAGAGGUUCGAAAUGGGCAACUAGGGGCUGGACGUUUCAAGAAUCGCUGUUCUCGCGCCGUCUCCUUGUUUUCAGAAAUACUGUGUCGUGGGUAUGUGGACGCUGUGAAUGGCGCGAGGGCGUUGACAAGAUCACGUCCACGCAAGACAGCCACGAUCGCGAAAGCAUCACGUCUUUGAGGAUGGAAGACACUAAAUGGCCAGCAGAGCGCCCACAUCUCGGCGUCCCAAUGGGCAUGAUGUCCUUGAUUCCCAAGAUACCGACCCUCGGUCGAUGGGGAAUGCUUGUGGAAAACUUCUCUUCGCGGGAUCUCAAGUACGAGAAAGACGCUCAAGCAGCAUUCGCGGGUGCUACUGAUAUCAUGGACGCUACUUUCCCAGACGGUCUACUCCACGGCAUACCGAAGUUCUUCUUCGAUAUCGCAUUGCUUUGGCGACCUCAGAAUUCCGCACGUAGACGUGAGGGCGAACCUAGUUGGUCGUGGACAGGCUGGAAGAACGGAACCAUAAACUGCCUGUCUGCUUGGUAUCCCUUUUAUCCCAGGAUCUUUCGUGAUACCGGCCUUGAGUCAGAUUGGGUCGCUAUUGCGACCUUGAAACCGGUGGCAGAGUAUCGGUUGGCGAACGCGAUGAUCGGCAAUAUCACCAUAACGUGCGAGACCUUGGACCAUGAACCCGAAGAUGGUAAUGAUUGUGAGCUUGUCGCUAUCUCAGAAGCCGAAACCUCGCAACAAAUGGGAGUAGAAGAGUAUGGAUGGCCUGACUUUUCUUUCGAGGAGUACCAGAAGUAUUUUACCGGAGUAUCUUUAAGGAGUGAUAAUCGGAAAGCAUCGUUCUACAAUGUCAUGUGGAUCAAGUGGGUUGGAAACGUCGCCGAAAGACGGGGAUUAGGUGUUGUGCUGAAGGAUUCUUGGGACGCACUACAACCCGAGAUCAAAGAGUUCAAUCUAGGUUGA